AUGUUUCCUCGUAAACAACAAACUUCAUCUCAACGGAAAGAAAUGAGCAUACACUUGAAAACGAAUGAGAAAACACCGCCGAUCGCAAUAGUUGAACUUCAGCGAAUUACUCGACAAAAACGUUGUUCGUCGCGGUGGAUUAUUGGUUCGACAAUAUUUAUUCUCGUUGCUAUAACAUGCAUUGUCGCAUCGCUUGUUGCACUUUUCAUAACUAUUGAUCAAUCCAAAACAACGACAACGACAACGUCGACUACAACAACAACAACAACUACCACUACUACCAGCACUUCAACUACUUCGAUAACAACGACAAGUACAACUUCAACAACAACAUUUCCGAUAUGCUCUCCGUCACUAACACCUAUAACAUGGUUCGAACCAUCAACGACAAUUCCGCCACAAUGUUCCACUUAUUUGACGAUUUCAGAUAGUACGAGACUUCCUUCUUACUAUUCGGGAUACUACCCGAGUUGUGAUAAUUCUUGGCCAUUCUCUUCUACCUCAUUUAUAUGGAUAAGAUUUCAAAAUGGGAGCGAUCAUAAUUUAAUGGACUAUCCAGUAUCAACAGGUUAUUGCGAUGCAACAUAUCCAGGCUGGUACGCUGGUCUUUACCCCUCAACCUUUUACACUACAGCCACAAGUAUUGUCUGUUUCAAUGAUGGCUCGAAUAAUUGCAGGUGGUGCACACCAGUCAAAGUAACCAGUUGUGGAAAUUACUAUGUUUUCGCUCUUCUUAGUGCGCCCAUCUGUGCUGCUCGCUAUUGCAUUAUAUAA